AUGGCGGGAGCGCAAACGAUCAAACAAGCAAAAGCCUCAUUUGCAGCGCGCGGUCGACCAUCGCUGAACGCGCAGGAACAGCGACAAUUGGAGCGGGGAUUGGAAUUGGAGCAGCGGGCAGAGCGGGCCAAGGAGCAGGAGAAGCGGAGGGUGGCGGCGGCGAAGAAACGAGCGGAGAAUGAGCGGAAGGGGCAGAAUGAUCGACAGAGGGCGCUGUUGGGGACACAGAGGAGGAAGGAUCGCUUUGGGUAUGUGAGCAGUCAGUUUCAUCUCGGCGCUUUUCUCAACAAGAAGAAAGUGGAGGUGGAAGAGACGGUGGUGGAGGAGGAGGACGUUGACGAGGAGGAUUUGUUCGGGGAUGAUGGACUAGACGACGAAGUCAUGUUGAACGCAUUGGAUGCUCCUGUUGAGCAUGCAAGAUCGGAUUCGGUGGUGAUGAUGCCAGUACUUGCACCUCCCACAAUCCGACGUUGGCAAUCUGCUCCGGUUGUAGAAGACCUGGAUCGGCUCUGGGACGACUUGGAAAGUAGCACACAAAUUGCAAGGGAAUUGGCGGGGAAUGAGGACGAUAUGGAAAUGCCAGUCAAGAGUGCAUCGACUAGGAGUGCUUCUUUUGGUUCCCUUGACUUUGAUCUCACGGCAGAUGAUCUAGAUCAACUGGAUCCUCCAAACGCUUCGAGGCAGGAACAAUAUUCUUUUGGUUCCGUUGAUUUUGAUCUCACGGCAGACGAUCUGGAUCGGCUGGAUCCUCCAAACGCGUCGAGGCAGUGA